AUGAAGCAAACCGUGUUCCUAAUUAUUUUCGUGGCUUUUUGCCACGCCAGCCCUCUCAUCGACUACCGCCUCACCCUCCAACCCCCAAAAAACUGCACUUCGGCCGGUCUCCUUUGCGAGACCUGUUCCGAGCUAGUGGCCUGUGUUGAAAACAACGACCAUACGUUUAGAAAAGACCACGUCCAGACCUGCCCUUCUGGCCAGAAAUGUGUCAAAGGGGGUUGUUCCAGCGCUUCUGAUCCGUUCUGUGACGGGGUCGCCGAUUUGGCCUUUCCUUGUAAAAAAGUGGGGAUUUUUCCCGACCCCUUCUACUGUAAUAAGUUCGUUUUGUGUGUGGAUAUGGGGCAGAGUAGGCUUCAGGCGUAUUCAAGCCGGUGUGAGGACGGGUUGGGGUACAAUAUUGAGACGGGGGUUUGCGAUGUGAAGUUGUCCGGUGGGUGCAAAGUGGAUGAAUUCCCGGUGCCAUUGUGUGCCAAAGCUGGGGAUAGUGGAGCUUUGGAGGGGAAACCCAUGGAGUAUUACACGUGUGAGGAGUAUAGCAGUGGGAAGAGGGUGCUGUAUCCGGUGAUUGAUGUGUGUCCGAAUGCGGAAACUUAUGAAAAUUUCAAGUGUGUUAGCAAAUAAAGGGAAUAUUGACGAGAAAAGUAUAAAAUAAAGAUUUAUUGCAUUGA